AUGGAAGCAUCGCAAUAUAAAUUGAGUCAAACAAUAGCAGCACACAAUGGAAUAGUGAGAUCAACCUCAAUUUAAGGGGAUUAAUUAUUGACAUGUUCAGGUGAUAAGACUGCAAAGUUGUACGAACUGAAGGAUAAUUAGUAUCAAUAAGUGACUUUGAUAUCUUUCUUCGAGAAAUUCAUUUAUGCCUCAUGUGCAAGAGUGAAUGGAGGAUAUGCAGUUGGACAAGAUAAGCAAAUAUAUUUGUUAGACAAUGAGGGGAAUCUCCUUGGUAUUUUAGAUGGACAUGAAUAAUAAGUGUGUUCUUUAAAGAGCAUUUCAAAAGACUUACUAAUAUCUGGAUCCUGGGAUGCAACUGCUAUUAUAUGGGAUAUCAGUUAAAUGAAGUAACUUUAUAGAUUGAGUGGACAUAAAUAUGGUGUGGCAGUAUACGGGGAUGAAAAUUUAAAUGUUCUAACUGGCUCAUAAGAUGGAGUUCUGCAUUCCUGGUCCAAGGAAACUAAAAUCAAGAGCGUAGAAGCUCAUGAGGAUAUCAUCAGAGAAAUCCUACCUUCUCCCUUUGGUGGCUAUUUAACUUGCUCUAAUGAUGAAACGAUUAAACUCUGGUCUAAAGAUCUUGAAUUGAUUUAAACCUUUUUAGGGCAUAAAAGCUUUGUUUUUACAAUGAAAUAUCACAUGGAUCAAGUGAUUAGCGGAGGGGAGGAUAGAUUAGUAAUUAUCUGGAAUUUAGAUGGUACUUCCAAAUAAACCAUUUAAUUGCCUGAUACUGUGUGGACUGUAACUAUCAAUAAUAAUAAUGAUAUUGUUGUUGGAACAGCUGAUGGUAAGGUCAGAGUAUUUACUUCUGAUCCAGCGAGAUAUUCCUCUUAGAAAGAAAUUGAAGAGCUAAAGCAGGAAUAAGCCUCUUUAUCCAAUGCCAAGUAGGAAGGAGCAAUAUCUGAAGAAGAAGUGCAGAAAUUGCCAGGAAUAGAUAAACUGACUAUGAUGGCAGGAAAGAAUGAUGGGGAAGUUAGAUUAUUUUUAAAUGGAGAUAAACCUUAGGCAUAUAUUUGGAGUGCAGCCAAUAAGAAUUGGUAAAUGAUUGGUGGGGAGGAGUCAAGCUAAAAGAAGAUCUUUUAUGGAGACAAAUACUUUGAGGCUGGAGAGUAUGAUCAUAUCUUUGAUGUGGAGGAUGGCAAUGGAAUUGCUAAACUCAUGCCCUAUAAUGAAGGGGAAAACCUUUAUGUCACAGCUGAGAAGUUUUGUUUAAGGGAAGGAUACUCUAAAAAUUACAUUUAGUAAAUAGUUGAAUUCUUGAAAUAUCAUACAUCCUUUGGGUAAUCGCAAAGGUAAAAGAAAUAAGAGUUGGAAACUAUGAAUGAAUAAUAAUAUGAUUAGGAGCAAAUAUUAUAAUAAGAAUAGGCUAAAAACCAGCUUGAUUAUCAGUAUAUUCCUUACACUAAAUGCACCUAUUAUGAGAAUAUGAAUUUACAAGGUUUGAGUCAGAAACUGUUUGAGUUCAAUGCUUUAAUGUCUGAAGAGCUUAGAUUAACGGAGAAUGAAACUUUAAUAUUCAAUAAAGGCAUUGAUAACUUAGGACAAAUAUCUAUGUAAAAAGCUGUCGAUAUCGAAAAUUCUGUUAGUCUCAUAUUCGUUGAGAAAUUAUUAAAGUGGGAUGCCCAAUACUUAUCUCCAGUUUAUGAUUUCUUUAGGAUCUUUUCCCUUCAUCAUAGCAGCGAAUAACUUUUCGCGGAUCAAGAAAAAGGCAUGAGUCUGUUCUUGAAUAUUGUCACUAUAGCCAAUAUAUAACCUCCCAAUGCUGUCCUUAUAGGAUUGGCUUUGUAAACAUUAUGUAAUUGCUUAAAACAUAAUACUAAUUCUUGUGCUAUCCUCUAUCAUUUAAGAAUAGUUAAAGAUAUUAUUCAGAGUCUAUUAGAUACUGAUGAAGAUACUGUCCACCUACUUAGUAAUCUCAUUCUCAAUUUAUCUAUUGGAAUAUAUUAGGGAAACGAAUUGAUUGACAAAGCAAGUGAGAUAUUAUCCGAAUCGAUAGUUACAUUUUUAUAGUAUAAACAAAGAGAUGCUGAAACAAUUGCUAAAUUAGUGACUGCACUUGGUAAUUUAUUGAGAUCUCCUGCUUAAUAAAUUAGAGAACAAUGUAAGAAAAUCAGUUAUGGUUUUAUUCAAUCAUUGAUGAUUGAUACAAAUAAUUAAGACACACUUAAAUGUUUGGAAGACGUUAAGUUGAGUAUGUAAAUUUGA